CGUUAUUUUUGGAGUUAUUGGUGUUGGCAGGCAGUGGUUAUAAUGCAUAAAUAUCUUAGAGCUUCAAAUGGGCAAGGUUGUAGUGCGGCAACCAUUGAAGAAAAAGAGCAAGAGGAAGAGCCGCAAGCCAAAAAGGCGCGAUAUGGUCAGUCCAAUGUGUGGAAUUUUUUUAAUAAGUCCUCGGAUGGCAAGACUGCCAAAUGUUUAAAAUGUGGUAAAAUUUAUCAAACCAGCGGAAACACCACCAACAUGGCGGGACAUUUAAAGCGGGUACACCCAACGUUAACGGUGAGUGAGUUGCCAAAGGCUUCAGGACAUAUGGCGGCUUAUUUGGAUAAAAAAUAUGAAGCCUCAUCGAAACGGAAGAGAGAUUUGGACAGCGCAUUGUUAAAUUUCAUUUGCUCCGAUUUACGUCCAUUUUACAUUGUAGAAAACGAGGGAUUUAAGCAAUUUGUAAAUGCUUUGGAUCCCCGAUACGAAUUGCCUUCACGAUCAACAUUGCUUUCAACAUGUUAUAAUAAUUUAUUCAUGAACAUGAGAAUGAAACUGAAAAGCAUUUUGCAAGAAGUGGAAUAUUGCGCUGUGACAACCGACUGUUGGACAUCUCGAGCCAACGAGGCUUAUUUGACCGUGACUUGCCAUUUUAUAGAUCCAGAAUUUAAACUUCGCACAGCAGUACUUUCGACUAGUAAGUUACAGAAUGAGAAAAAUCAUUCUGCAGAAAACAUUGCGAACUCUCUAUGUGCAGUGCUAAUUGAAUGGGAAGUUAUGGACAAAGUUGCAGCCAUUGUUACCGAUAGCGCAAGAACAAUGAUAAAAGCAUGUGAGAUAUUGCAAAAAAGACAUGUGCCAUGCUUUGCGCAUGUUAUUAAUUUAAUAGUUCAACAAUGCCUGAAUCAAGAGAAAAUAAAAGUUAUUAUGGGGAAAUGCAAAAGUAUUGUGGGAUUUUUUAAGAAAAGCACAGUAGCUUACGCCAAGUUUAAAGAAGCUCAAAAUACAGAGAAGCCAUACAGUUUAAAGCAAGAAUGUUCUACAAGAUGGAAUAGCGCAUUUCAUAUGAUUGAAAGAAUUCUUAAAACAAAUGAUGCUAUAAGCAGUGUUCUUCUUUCAACCCCAAAGGGACUUGCCCCGUUUUCGGCUGACGAAAUUUUAAUUUUAAAAGACAUACAAAUUUUAUUGCAACCUUUUGAAUGUGCAACAUUGCAAACUUCAUUAAUAAUUCCUAUAACUUGCGGACUUCUGCAUAAUUUGCAAUUGUUAAAAAGUGACCUAAAAACAGUUGAAGGUCGCGAAAGCUGCAAUUGA